AUGCGCCUAAGCCCUCUUUUCGUAUCCCUUGCCAUCGCAGCUCCAGGCAUCCUUGCCAGCGUGAUCGUCCAGAUGACAGCCGAAGACUCAUCCCUUACGAUCUUCGGCAUCGAAGGCGGGCGCAAGAACCUAGCUUUCCAGACCACCGACGACACGAAAUACAUCCUCACCAGUACAGACCAAGAAGAGGCGGGCAUGGAGACCCGCCUAAAGUUGAAAGCAGGAAAUGCUUCUUUUAGGCACACAUCGGAUGGGAAAUAUGUCAACUGCCGGAUUGAGGGCUUCCCGAGCGGUGAUCUCACCGCGAACAAAGACUUCGCGGUCCAUGUCGAACAUUACCGCGAAGUCUACACGACCGCAUGGAACCUUGCCAGCCUGUCGGACACGUCCGCACAGCCGUGCGCAGAAAGGGCCGGGAUGAAGCUGGUCUGCGGGGAACAUUUCAAAGCUGGCGGCGGAGACGGAGACGGAGACCGCCCGCCUGAGCUGGCUGGGGGCGCCGCUGGUCAGGGGUGUACGCGUCGCUGA